GGCCCUUCGAUAAAAUCAGGAACUUGCGCUGGCCCUGCAAUGUCAAGGGAGGGGGCUCACGCAGGGCUCCUGUAGCUCAGGGGCAGGCCCAAGCCCUGCGCCCGCGCGUCAGUCCAGCCCCCUGACGGGGCUUCCCAUCCCUAGGGGCUCCGCACUGGCCCCCACCGAGGCAGGGGACCGGACCGGAGCUCGGCUGGAUGUUACAGGCGUGCAAAAUGGAAGGGUUUCCCCUCGUCCCCCCUCAGCCAUCGGAAGACCUGGUUCCCUAUGACACGGAGCUGUACCAACGCCAAACGCAUGAAUAUUACCCCUAUCUCAGCAGUGAUGGCGAGAGCCACAGUGACCACCUCUGGGACUUCCACCCGCACCACGUGCACAGCGAGUUCGAGAGCUUCGCGGAGAACCACUUCACGGAGCUGCAGAGCGUGCAGCCCCCGCAGCUGCAGCAGCUCUACCGCCACAUGGAGCUGGAGCAGAUGCACGUGCUGGACACCCCCAUGGUGCCCCCCCACGCCGGCCUCAGUCACCAGGUCUCUUACCUGCCCCGCAUGUGCCUCCAGUACCCCUCCCUGUCCCCGGCCCAGCCCAGCACGGAUGAGGAGGAGGGCGAGCGGCAGAGCCCCCCACUGGAGGUGUCCGAUGGAGAGGCCGAUGGCCUGGAGCCAGGGCCGGGCCUCCUGCACGGGGAAACAGGCAGCAAGAAGAAGAUCCGCCUGUACCAGUUCCUGCUCGACCUGCUCCGCAGCGGGGACAUGAAGGACAGCAUCUGGUGGGUGGACAAGGACAAGGGCACCUUCCAGUUCUCGUCCAAGCACAAGGAGGCGCUGGCACACCGCUGGGGCAUCCAGAAGGGCAACCGGAAGAAGAUGACCUACCAGAAGAUGGCCCGUGCCCUGCGCAACUACGGCAAGACGGGCGAGGUCAAGAAGGUCAAGAAGAAGCUCACCUACCAGUUCAGCGGGGAGGUGCUGGGCCGCGGGGCCCUGGCCGAGCGGCGCCACCCGCCCCACUGAGCCCCAGCGAGUGCCCCGCCGGGCCCACCAGGCCUCCCUGCUGGCCAUAGCAUUAACCCCUCUCCCAGCCCGGACACAGGGAGGGAAGCGCCCAGGGGCCAGGGCAGGACUGUGGGGGGCCAGGCGCGCCUCACCACUCACUCCCUCCUCCUCCGGCCCCAACCCGCAUCCCUGCUUCGCCUCCCACCAGGACUCCAGCCCUGGCUCCAAAAGGCACCUGGGGUCUGACCGCUGGAGAGGGUCAGCCCGGCUUAGUGCCACCAGGGGCUUCCUUGGGAGCCGAAGCCAUCCGACCCGUGUACAUGACCCGCCCUGUCAGCCCCUCGCCCUCUCACACCGCUGUCCCGUCCGCUUCCUCAAGAAACUCUUGCAGCACAGAGAGUCUCUUUUAAAAUGGACUGUCCGCCCGCCCCCCCACCCCGCCCCCGUGAUCUCCCUUUUCCCACUUAUGUAUCGGGCACUUACUGAGGACACCCAGUGCUUAGAGGCUGGGAUGUGAGGACACAGGGAUCGGCCGGAGUUAGAGCUGUGGACAGAAUGGUCCUCCGUUUUCAUUAGGGAAAUAAAUCAUUACAAAGCCCUCCA